GGGUAACUUGGGGGGAGGACUGAGGACUUGUAGGACAGGCAGAAACCCAACAGAUACCUUUCCAUGUGUGGCAAGGGACUGUACCCCUUGAGUUCCUGCCUGUCCCUCCCCCCGCCGCUUUCCUUCCCGCUUCCUCCAAGAAAAAGACAGGAGUGACCCUUCCCCUGUCUUCAUUCUGAGCUAUUUUGGGAGGCGGUUCUUUGGGGGAGGGGUACCGGUUAUACCUGUUGGGUUUCUGUCUGUCCCACCCAGAGUCUUCCUCUGCCUUUGUGUCUGAGCUCCCUAUAUGGUGGGGAAGGCCCUCCCUUUGUGCAGGGCAGGUGAAUCCUUCAAAGUGGGAGGGUGAGGCUCCCUCUGCUCCCUCUCCCCCCUCUCCCUCUCUCUCAUGGACAUCAGGCAGUAGGGGAGGUUGCAGCAAGGGGUCACCCAGAACCACAGAAUGGCUGAGAAGAAACGGCUUGCUUACUCGAUCAUCCAGUUCCUUCAGGACCAGUUGCAGAAUGGCGGGCUCUCUCCGGAUGCACAAGAGAGUUUGGAAGUUGCCAUCCAGUGCCUAGAGACGGCCUUUGGGGUGUCCAUGGACGACCGAGGCCUUGCCUUGUCACAGACCCUGCCAGAGAUUUUUGAAGCGGCAGCAGCAAAGGAGCCUCCGCAGAGCACGACAAAUUCUGAGCCGGCCACUCCCUCGGAAGAAGACUCCGCUGAAGCCGAAAGGCUGAAAGCUGAAGGGAAUGAGCAGAUGAAGGCCGAGAACUUUGAAAGUGCCGUCUCAUACUACGGAAAAGCCAUAGAACUCAACCCUGCGAAUGCCGUCUACUAUUGCAACAGGGCUGCUGCUUACAGCAAACUCGGAAACUAUGCUGGAGCCGUAAGGGACUGUGAAAGAGCCAUCAGCAUCGAUCCCAAGUACAGCAAAGCCUACGGCAGGAUGGGCCUAGCACUCUCCAGCCUCAACAAACUCUCGGAUGCGGUCAUCUACUACAGAAAAGCCCUGGAGCUCGAUCCAGACAACGAAACAUACAAGUCGAACCUGAAAGUGACCGAGCAGAAAAUGAAGGAGGCGCCCAGUCCGACAGGAGGCACCGGGGGUUUUGAUUUAGCUGGCUUGCUCAACAACCCAGGCUUUAUGAGUAUGGCAUCUAACCUGAUGAACAAUCCACAAGUACAACAGUUGAUGUCGGGAAUGAUCUCGGGUGGCCACAACCCCAUGGCGACGCCAGGAACCAGCCCUUCCCCCAAUGACCUUGCCAGCCUUAUCCAAGCAGGCCAGCAGUUUGCCCAGCAGAUGCAGCAGCAAAACCCAGAGCUCAUUGAACAGUUACGCAGCCAGAUCAGGAGUCGGACCCCCAGUGCCAGCAAUGAGGAGCAGCAGGAAUGAGAGCCAGCCGGCCGGGCCGCUCUUCGUUGGGAAUGCUUCCUUUGUGACGGGGGGAAACAGCAACUGGAAGGUCGUGUGUGCAUUGCCGUUUCUCCAGCUGGAAGAGCCCAAGAGGGACACGGGGGUGGGGUGGGGAACCCAAACUUGAGACGAUCUGCAUGUUAGAGACAGUUUUUUCUUGUAGCCUCUCCUUCCUCCCCUCCCUUCCUCUCCUCCCCCUUCCCACCCUGCUCUGCUCCCACGUGGGUUUCUCCAGAAGAGCCAGCCAGCAAGCGUCUGACUGCCGAGCAGCAUCACCCCUUUUCCAAGGUGCCCAAGAAUCAGCUGCACGUUUGGCAGAGUUUGAAUUGCCAAGGGAUCCCUCUUACUCUGGAGAGGGCUCCUUUCCAGCCACAAGGGUGCGGCCAGCUCUUUCUCUCUUCGCUCAUUACAAGCCUCUCCACCAUCGUUGAGAAGAAUUUCUGCUUUUCACCUCCCAGUUUUAAUCUUUGCCACCUCUUUCUGGCACCCAGGAGCCAGGGUGCACAUGCGGCUGUGUUGGAGUCCAGUGCUCUUCACCAGAUCCCUUUCCUUGAGUGCAGAAGCACCAGCUGCUGGCAUGGCGGAGAACGGAAUGGUAGACACGGGAGAACCUGACGGAAGGAUUUUGUGAUCAUGUGUGUUGUGGGGAGGGGGACAGCCAAUCGUAGAGGGGGCAAAUAGUAAAGACCGUUUUUCUGUGA